AUGACGCUGUUCGUCAAGCGCCUCAAACCUGGAAGCACGCACGCACGCGAAGAUGAAACUAAAACAAACAUGGCUUUCACCUGGUCGGCUCCAAGUAACGAGCUGUGCUGUCCGGUCUGCCAGGACUAUUUCAGAGAUCCCGUUCUUCUUCCCUGUAGCCACAGCUUCUGUAAAGCGUGUGUGCUGCGAUGGUGGGGGACAAAACGAAUACGCGAGUGUCCCGUUUGCAAGACGGUGUCGUCAACUAACAAGCUACCUUGCAACCUGGUGCUGAAGAACCUGUGCGAGGCUUUUCGGCUAGAGAUGGAUUCCGGAGUCGUCUGCCGCCUUCACACCGAGAGACUGAAGCUCUACUGUCUGGACCACCGCACACCAGUUUGCGUUGUCUGCAGGGAUUCAAGUAGUCACAGAAACCAUAGCUUCACACCGGUCGACGAAGCCGCCAAGCUGCACAGAGACCUUCUCCUGAAGAAGCUGACGCCUUUACGGGAAAAGGCGAAACUCUUCAACGAAGUGAAAGUAAAGUGGGAAGCGACUGAUGGAGAAAUCCGAACUCAAGCUCAGGAGACAGAGGAGAAAAUAAAGCAGGAAUUUAAUGUACUUCGAGAGUUUUUGCAGACUGAGGAAAGAGACAGAAUUUCAGCACUUAAGAGGGAAGAGACGCUCAAGAGAAAGAAGAUGCAGAGUAAGAUUGCGACAUUGAGCAGAGAGAUAAACACCCUGGAAAGUACCGUGAAAACCAUAGAAGAAGGGCUGAAGGAUGGGGAUGCGUCAUUUCUGUUAAAACUCGAUGGUAUAUUGCAAAAAGCUCAACGCCCUCUGCCGGAUGACCCAAAGCAGAUCACAGGAGCCCUUAUUGACGUUGCCAAGUACCUGGGAAAUAUUAGCUUCGGGGUCUGGUGCAAAAUGAGGGAGAUAGUGUCGUACACCCCCGUGAUCCUGAACCCCAACACUGCCCAUCGAGAACUGCACUUGUCUGAAGGUCUGACCAGUGUAAAGUGUGGACCAAAACAGCCUCUCGCUGUGUUGCUCCACAGCCAGCCAGAGAGGAUGCAGCAGCACCGCAGCGUCCUGGGCUGUGAGGGCUUCAGCUCAGGGAGCCACACCUGGGAUGUGGAGAUUGGAGACAAUCGAGUAUGGGCACUGGGUGUAUUAGCACAAGGCGCCCAAAGGAGGGGAGACAUACUGUCUGGGUUGUGGAUGGUGAGGUUUUAUAUAGAUAAAUUCACUGCCUUCGCCCCGUCGUGUUUGCCGUCUGUCCUCACUCUGAAAGACAGGCUCCAGAGGGUCAGAGUGAACCUGGACUUCACCAAAGGAAAGCUGUCCUUCUUAAAUCCGGAUACUGACACUCUCUUACAUACCUUCAAUCACACCUUCACUGACAGGAUGUUCCCAUACCUCAACACCUGGAAUGAGCUCCCACUGAAGAUCCUGCCACUGAAUGUCUCUGUGACAGUAAGCUAACUGUCAGAGAGCUGCGAGAAGAUUAAAUUGCUUAGGUGAUGUACAUACUUGCCUUCCAUCUUGCGAAAGUAGUUCAUGCUAUAUACUUACUGUAACUGUCACAUAAACAUGCUACAGUGAUUUGUUUGUAUUUGUCAUAAAUUUUUGCUUAUUAUAGUUCAGGAGGUUACAAAAAUGUGGUUAAAACAUAAACAAGAAAUUCUGAAAUAAAACUAAUGAAACUUUUGGUUAAAAUUAUAUUAUGUGAUAUAAUCAGGUGCUUGUUUAAGUUAGUAUAAGUCUGUAUUUUUUGUAAGUUUAUUUUGAUAAAGAACGCAAAGCUCACAUGACUGGAGGUUGGUUACGCCUGGAACAUUAUGGGUCUACUGGUAUGGAAGAGAGACGUACUACGUACACGUCUGGUUCAACACACCCACACGGUAAAUGUACUUUAUUUUGUUGCAAUGCGCAUACUGCUGUCAUGCUAACAUGGUUGGACUCGAAAAUGGACAUUUUCAUUAAGAACUGAGAAACAUAUGGCUUAUACAUUUGUAUUUAUUUUAUUAGCUUUCACUGUGUCUCCUGAAGGAGGAGAGAGGGAGAGCAUGUGUGCAAUGUAAAACACACAGAAAACUACCAAGACUGUACUUUACUAGUCGAACAUUACUCCUUUGGAAUUUGAACGUAUUUUCUUCCUGUAUUUCUUUGUCUUGUACAUUGUUAUGGUACUCUCAGGUUGGUUGCUCCUUGGUGGUCACACACUGUAGCAUUGAAAGGUGCUGUAUAAAGUUUUGGUUGAUCAAAGGUGUUUUCUUUUUGCAUUUUUUUGCCACACUGUUGAAGUGUGAUCUUGUUCUUUAAUUAAAAUCAUUUAUGUGUGUAACUUUGAA